GUGGAAUACUGGGUAACAUGAGCAACAUGCCCACCAACGGAGUGAACGGGCAUCUGCCAGGAGACGCAUUGGCUGCUGGGAGAUUACCAGAUAUUCUAACCCCCCAAUAUCCUUGGCAGUCCGCUGAUGUUUCCAUGGGGAUUCUGCCUCCUCACCAUGGCAGCGAUUUUGGUUUGGAGCCACCUGGUCAUAACAAGGAAAAUGAAGAUGAUGUUGAGGCCAUGUCAACAGAUUCCUCCAGCAGCAGCAGUGACUCAGACUGAGCGUGUGUGUGUGUGUGUGUGUGUGUGUCCACAGUAACUUGAGUUUGUCCACCUGGAACAGCCUAAAAGUGUGUUGUCUGCAUCUUGUUUCUGUGAUUGUGGACUUCCAGAUGACAACAUAUUCUGCUUUCAGGAGGACCAAACCUACACGGGUCCUCUUUUCAGCAAAGCCUCAUUUGGCUGGAUAUGUUUUACAAAUAUGCUUGGUUUUUUCAUUCUCCAGAUGCCUUCAGUCAUCAUUUGUUUGUUUAAUUUUAUCCCACUGGCCUCAAAUGUCACCAAUGCAUUAUUUUCAUUGUGUACAGAGUGACAGGCUCAUUUGCAUUUAUUUGUUAUCUAGUGAAGUGUUACAGUUUCUGGUUUACAGUUGGAAUAUAAAUAGCAAUGUAAAUACCUCUGAACUUUCAGACUCUGUAAAUAAAACUUUUUUUUUUU